CUUUCUUUCAGUAUCCUCCUCUCUUCUUUACCCUGCAAGUAAACACACUAAAAUGGCGUCGUUUUGCAGAUCUGCUUUAAUGGCGGGAUCAAGGUCCAUAGCAGCGACUCGAUCAAGAACCUUUACUACCGCAAAAUCAAUCUCUUCGCCAUCAACACGAGCCAUCUCUAACGCUUCAAGGGUUUUAUCGUCUUUAGGAAGCGUGGAUUCGUUGAUGCCGUUACACAGUGCCAUAGCCAAUGCUCGGCUCAAAUCCAGCAUUGCCGUCGAUACCUCUUGCUGGAGCUGGCUUUCUCAAGAUUUUGCAGUUCCUCGGUGACAAGUUCUUCGCCAUUUCAGCCAAAAUUAGCUUUGCUUCCGUGCAGUUUUUCAUCCCCUCUGUCAGUUCUUCAUCCUCUUUGUCCUUCAUUUCAUUAUUUGCUUGGCACAAGUCAUCUCCCCACUCUUUAUCAUGAUCAAUUGUUGGUAUUAAGUGGACACUGUAUCGACUACAACUGGGUUUGUUGAUGGAGUUUGCUACUUUUGCUUAAUUUUCAUUUUCUAUAGUUAUUUAGUUUGAUUCGUGAAAAACCUUCAAACGGCAUCUCAGCACUACGAGGAACUACACUUUUACGCCGUUCGGGCCAGAGGAAAACAUUGGUUAUUAAACACAUUAUCAUCCAUUUUGAUGGGGACGAUCUUUUGUAACUGAUAUUCACUAACAUCACCAUUCUGUUAUAGCAUGUCACAUGUUAAUUUGAGGUCGAAGAUCUUUCUUAAUGUCAAGGAGUUGCAGGUUUAUUAGCAAA